AUGCUCUAUUUCCAGUUGGUGAUAAUGGCAGGGACUGUCAUGUUGGCUUAUUACUUCGAAUACACCGACACUUUCAACGUCCACGUCCAGGGAUUUUUCUGCCAUGACGGCACCUACAAUAAACCGUACCCUGGACCCGAUGAAAGCAGUGCAAUUCCGCCAGCUCUCCUCUAUUCUCUUGUGGCCGGGGUUCCCCCUGUUAUGAUAAUCGUGGGAGAAGUGGCUGUAUUUUUCCUUCAAUCAGUUACUAAGGAGUUUGGAAAUCGUGAGAAGACCAUAGUAACUGGAGAUUGCUGCUACAUCAAUCCACUGGUGCGCAGAACAGUUAGGUUUCUUGGAGUUUAUGCAUUUGGACUUUUUGCCACUGAUAUAUUUGUAAAUGCUGGACAAGUGGUGACAGGAAAUCUAGCCCCCCAUUUUCUCACAGUCUGUAAACCUAAUUAUACAGCACUGGGCUGUCAGCACGAAUCUGUGCAAUUCAUCAACAGUGAAGAAGCCUGCACUGGCAACAUAGAUGCCAUUACAAAAGCCAGGAAAAGCUUUCCAUCUAAAGAGGCAGCAUUAAGUGUGUAUGCAGCAGUCUAUCUGGCAAUGUAUAUCACGUGUACUGUGAAGGCUAAUGGGACAAGACUUGCAAAACCUCUCCUCUGUUUGGGCCUCAUGUGCUUGGCAUUUCUGACUGGAAUAAACAGGGUAGCAGAAUAUCGAAACCACUGGUCAGAUGUUGUAGCAGGAUUCAUCAUAGGAACAGCUGUAGGAGUGUUCUUGGUUGCAUGUGUGGUACAUAACUUUAAGGGAAGAAAUACAGUAAAUGAAAAACUACAGCCUGACAACGUGAUCGAGAUCCCUUUGAUCACUCUACCACAUGUGGAAAGUCCAUUAGGAAAAUUAAGUGCUGUACAGUCAUAUAAGAUAUUGACAUCGCAAGACCAGCAUUUAUUACCCAUCCCUAGUUGA